AUGCCUCAGAUCGCUUUAUUUUCAGCAAGGAACCAUUUGUAUGGAUUGUUUCGUUACAACCUCACGAUGCUUGGCUUUGAAUCACUUCCAGAUCCCACGGAUACCUGGGAAAUUAUAGAGACCAUAGGUAAAGGCACCUAUGGCAAGGUCUACAAGGUAACUAACAAGAGAGAUGGGAGCCUGGCUGCAGUAAAAAUUCUGGAUCCAAUCAGUGAUAUGGAUGAAGAGAUCGAGGCAGAAUACAACAUUUUGCAGUUUCUUCCUAAUCAUCCCAACGUUGUAAAGUUUUAUGGGAUGUUUUACAAAGCAGAUGACUGUGUGGGAGGACAGCUGUGGCUGGUCCUAGAGCUGUGUAACGGGGGCUCAGUCACCGAGCUUGUCAAAGGUCUCCUCAGGUUUGGCCAGCGGUUGGACGAAGCAGUGAUCUCAUACAUCUUAUAUGGGGCUCUGUUGGGCCUUCAGCACUUGCACAAUAACCGAAUCAUCCACCGUGAUGUCAAGGGGAAUAACAUUCUUCUGACAACAGAAGGAGGAGUUAAGCUUGUUGACUUUGGUGUGUCAGCUCAACUCACCAGUACACGUCUACGGAGAAACACGUCUGUUGGCACCCCAUUCUGGAUGGCCCCCGAGGUUAUCGCUUGUGAGCAGCAGUAUGACUCUUCCUAUGACGCGCGUUGUGACGUCUGGUCCUUGGGGAUUACAGCCAUUGAACUGGGGGACGGAGACCCUCCCCUCUUUGACAUGCAUCCUGUGAAAACGCUCUUUAAGAUUCCAAGAAAUCCUCCACCUACUUUACUUCAUCCGGAAAAAUGGUGUGAGGAAUUCAACCACUUUAUUUCACAGUGUCUUAUUAAGGAUUUUGAAAAGCGGCCGCCCGUCACACAGCUCCUCGACCACCCGUUUAUUCAGGGAGUCCGCGGCAAGGUUUUGUUUCUGCAGAAGCAGCUGGCCAAGGUACUCCAAGACCAGAAGCAUCUAAACCCUGUUGUUAAAACCAGGUGUGAAAGGAUGCAUACUAGAAGACCCUAUCAUGUGCAAGAUGCUGAAAAAUACUGCCUUGAGGAUGACUUGGUCAAUCUAGAGGUUCUGGAUGAGGGUACAAUUAUUCGCCAGUUGCAGGAGCGUUAUGUGGACUUGCUGAUUUACACAUAUGUGGGAGACAUCCUAAUCGCCUUAAACCCCUUCCAGAAUCUAAGCAUCUACUCUCCGCAGUUUUCCAGACUUUAUCAUGGGGUGAAACGUGCCUCAAAUCCCCCGCACAUCUUUGCCUCAGCAGAUGCUGCUUACCAAUGCAUGGUUACUUUCAGCAAAGACCAGUGCAUUGUCAUCAGCGGAGAAAGUGGCGCUGGGAAGACAGAAAGUGCCCACCUGAUUGUUCAGCAUUUGACUUUCUUGGGAAAGGCCAAUAAUCAGACCUUGAAAGAGAAAAUUCUGCAAGUCAACUCCCUGGUGGAAGCCUUUGGAAAUGCAUGCACAGCCAUCAAUGACAAUUCCAGCCGUUUUGGAAAAUAUCUGGAAAUGAUGUUUACACCAACUGGAGCUGUGAUGGGGGCAAGAAUCUCUGAGUAUCUCCUUGAAAAGUCCAGAGUUGUAAAACAGGCAGUGGGAGAGAAAAAUUUUCAUAUCUUUUACUAUAUUUAUGCUGGUCUUUAUCACCAAAAGAAACUUUCUGAGUUCAGACUUCCUGAGGAAAAGCCUCCUAGGUACAUAGCUGAUGAGACUGGAAGGGUGAUGCAUGACAUAACUUCCAAGGAGUCUUACAGAAGACAAUUCGAAGCCAUUCAGCAUUGUUUCAGGAUUAUAGGCUUCACGGACAAGGAGGUGCACUCAGUGUAUAGGAUUUUGGCUGGGAUUUUGAAUAUUGGGAACAUUGAGUUUGCAGCUAUUUCUUCUCAACAUCAAACCGAUAAAAGUGAAGUGCCCAAUGCUGAAGCUUUAAAAAAUGCUGCCUCUGUUCUCUGCAUCCGCCCUGAAGAGCUGCAGGAGGCCCUCACUUCUCGUUGUGUGGUCACCCGAGGAGAGACCAUCAUCCGUGCCAACACUGUUGACAGGGCCGAGGAUGUCCGAGAUGCCAUGUCCAAAGCCCUGUAUGGGAGGCUCUUCAGCUGGAUUGUAAAUCGCAUCAAUACACUCCUGCAGCCAGACAAAAACAUAUGUAGUGCGGACGAUGGUAUGAAUGUGGGGAUACUGGAUAUUUUUGGAUUUGAGAACUUUCGGAGAAAUUCAUUUGAGCAGCUCUGCAUAAACAUCGCCAAUGAACAAAUCCAGUACUAUUUCAAUCAGCACGUUUUUGCUCUUGAGCAGAUGGAAUAUCAGAAUGAGGGCAUUGAUGCUACGCCUGUGGACUAUGAGGACAAUCGACCACUCUUGGAUAUGUUCCUCCAGAAACCCCUGGGACUACUGGCACUUCUAGAUGAGGAAAGUCGGUUUCCCCAAGCCACUGAUCAGACCCUGGUUGAUAAAUUUGAAGACAACCUACGCUGCAAAUACUUCUGGAGGCCCAAGGGAGUGGAGCUGUGCUUCGGCAUUCGGCACUAUGCGGGAAAGGUAUCAUAUGAUGCUUCUGGGUUUCUUGAGAAAAAUAGAGACACUCUCCCUGCCGACGUGGUUGUAGUCCUGAGAACGUCAGAAAACAGGCUUCUCCAGCGACUCUUCUCAAUCCCUUUAACCAAAACAGGUAACUUGGCCCAGACCAGAGCCAGGAUAACAGCAGCCUCAAAAUCUCUGCCUCCACAUUUCAGUACUGGGAGAGCCAAGGUGGACACUCUGGAGGUAAUACGGCAUCCAGAAGAAACCACCAACAUGAAGAGACAGACUGUGGCUUCUUACUACCGGUACUCUCUGAUGGAUCUGCUCUCCAGAAUGGUGGUUGGACAGCCCCACUUUGUGCGCUGCAUUAAACCCAACGAUGACCGGGAGGCCCUGAAGUUCUCUCAAGAGAAAGUGCUGGCCCAGCUCCGCUCCACAGGGAUCCUGGAGACAGUGCGCAUCCGCCAGCAGGGGUAUUCCCACCGCAUCCUCUUCGAAGAGUUUGUGAAAAGGUAUUAUUACUUGGCUUUCAGAGCACAUCAAACACCUGUUGCUAGCAAAGAGAGCUGUGUCGCUAUCUUGGAAAAGUCCAGAUUAGAUCACUGGGUGCUGGGAAAAACAAAGGUUUUUCUCAAAUAUUACCAUGUCGAGCAGUUAAAUUUGCUGUUGCAAGAAGUCAUAGGCAGAGUGGUUGUGCUGCAGGCCUAUGCCAAGGGGUGGCUUGGAGCCAGGAGGUACAAAAGAGUCAGAGAGAAGAGAGAGAAGGGGGCCACUGCCAUCCAGUCAGCCUGGAGAGGAUAUGAUGCUCGGAGGAAAUUUAAGAAAAUAAGCAACAGAAGGAGUGAGUCUGCUGUUCAUAUUCAAGCAGGGCACCCUUCAAACCAAAGCAGUGAUCCACACCUUGUUGUCACAAGGGGCACCAGGGGAACUACCCAGGUUCAAGACUGCAGUGAGCCUGGUGAGCACAAAGUUUUGAGGGGCUUUGUAGAUCGCAAAAGCAGUCCACAAGCUGAAUCCAACAAUGGCCAUGCAGAGACUUCAAGCAGCUCUCCUUCUGUUGCUGAGAAAAAUCGGCAUGCACAAGCCCAGAGUUCUCCAAAAGUGUAUGAUGUCUUCACAGGACAUCCAAAUAAGCACUCAGUGUCUGGGACUGAUUUGCUGUCUUCUCGGACAUGCCAUGCUGCUCCAGGUCGCCCAGGACUGAGUCCCUCGAGGGGAGCCCCUGCAACACCUGGUUCAGAAAAUGGUCUUGCACAGAAGCAGCGAACACCUCGCCGAAGAUGUCAGCAGCCCAAAAUGUUGAGUAGCCCCGAGGACACCAUGUACUAUAACCAGUUAAAUGGAACUCUAGAAUAUCAAGGGAGCAAGAGGAAGCCAAGAAAACUUGGCCAAGUCAAAGUGCUUGAUGGUGAAGAUGAAUACUACAAAUCUCUGUCACCUGUGGACUCGAUCCCAGAGGAAGACAACCCCGCCCCCCCUUUCUUUUUUCCCUCAUCCUCAGAAGGAGCACCCUCUGCUCGGCACUGA